AAUAAAAAAAAUUGCAAAACUCUUUUCUUUUUUACUUUUGCUUACACUUGGAACAAAAUAAACGCGUUUUUUGAGGGAAAGAAGAACUGAUUUGCAUCCAGACAUGAGUUUUCUUUCUCAUCCUUUCAAUUAUAAGCUUCAGUCUUCUAGUCUGGAUUUAUACUGGUAAACUUACGAGUUAAUGUCAUUUUCUUCUAGACUUAUUUUAUUUUGAGUGAGGUCUAACUUCUUGCAAAAGCUUGACGCCUUUUUGUAGCCUACAAAGAUGUGAAAAAAUGGAUAGAUUAACAGUAAUAUCUGGAGCUUUAUUCCUUGCUGCGAAUGUAUUUGCUGCCAUAAGCUUGGCUCUGCCAGAUUGGAUUGUGUCUGAUGUGGGCGGAAAUACCAGACUCGGACUUCUCAGAAACUGCAUGACAAUUUACGGUAGACAGCAACUAUGUUUUUCACCGAAUUUACAACCCGAAUGGAUGCUGUCCUUAAUAUGCAUAAUGAUUGGCUGCAUUUGUGUCUCAACCACUGUUGCUUUGCUUCUGCUGUCUCAUUGGAAUGAUCAAGUUGUGCCGUAUGCAAGAUGGAUGGGGUUUUCUGCGAUGGUGUUGUUUUGCCUCGCAGCUGUCAUAUUCCCCAUGGGAUUCACAAUGGAAGAAAUCGGAGGAGAAGCGUAUCAACUGCCCAGCAGUCAUCAAGUUGGAUUGUCAUAUAUAUUCUUCGUGCUGGCUCUGUGGAUAACUGUUAUUUCUGAAUUAUUUGCUGGCAAAGUGUGUAUGCCUCACUUUUAGACUUAGUGCAUAAAAAUCUGUAUCAAGUGCUCAGUCCAUUUGCACGGUUGUGAAAUUUUUACAUCUAUAAUUGCACCUUUCCCCCCGAAUUUUAAACUGUAAGCUUAUGGUAAUCGUAUAUUGCAAUGCAAAGAACCAUUGUGUUUCAUAAUAUCAAGUAACUUUACAAAAAAAAUUUCACUUGAAAAAUAAUGAUUUGAGCGUGUUGCGAGUGCGACCAUUUGGCCAUGCCCUUAACAUGUGCAAAUAAUUACUCAUUAACUGCAAAAAAUGUUUUUAAAAGUUAUGCAAUUAAAACCUGUAAAGUUGAACACCUGUCUAAGUUGACCUUUGCUCUAGUUAAGUACUAAAGUAAUGCACCACAAGCAGUCAACUUACACAGGUUUCACUGUACUACAUGUUAUAGUUAAUGGUUCCUUAUAUUCAAACGUAUUAAAAUUUAAAUCCCAAGUUUAAAUUUCUGGGAAGUAAAUGCUUAAAAAUGUCUUAUUUGUGCUAACAUUUAACAAAAUAUGUAUUUAGGAGCUAAAUGUGAACUUGGACGAAAAAUGUCCUUUGUAGAGACAUAGAUAAGAAAUACAUACACUACAUUCAUCUAAAUGGUCGCUGUCUAUUUAUGUUUCAAAAUUAAGGUAGUUUCUUUUUAGAAUCAUGAUCAGAGCCUGAUGAACCCAUAGUGAGUCCCUCUCGAAAACUGCUCCGGAUGUAAGUCACAUACCAUGAUGUAGACAAGUAACUUCAUUAAAUACAGAGUAAAUAUUUAACUUAAUUAGUAAUGGUACUGACUAAAUGAUAACUCUGAAGUUAUUAACUGAUAACAAUAAUUGACAACAUAUAAAUUAGAGAUGCAGCAGAUAACAAUUUGGGCUAACGCCAAAUAUUUGGCUGGAUGAUGGUAAUAUUUUGCUACUUUCCUUCCUUUUAACUUUGUUAGAUGAAUUAGCAAUUUGUUUGAGCUUUGUUUAUUCUAUUCUUAAUCCUUCCCAUUAACAUUAAUUUUUCUAAACUCUUUUCAUUUUCACUAAGCAAAAUCUUUUAAUUUGAAUAUAACUUGUACAACUUUUAAACCAUUAGUUAAACAUGAUAGUAUAA